AUGGCGCGUCCACUCGUCAAGGCGAUCUUACAACCCACAGCAGCUUCUACCCGCCUGGUGCUCGCAACGCUACCUUACCCCACCCCAGCUGAGGGGGACUAUGUCAUCAAGGUCCAAGCCGUCGCGCCUUGCAAAGACGAGCGCGGAUGGGAGCAGGCGGACCCACACUUCUUCACCAAGCCUCGCGACAGAGUUCCCUGCAUUGAGGGCUCCGGUACCGUCGUGUCAGCGCCCUCUGGGUCAUCGACUCUCGCUCCCGGCAGUGAUGUCUUCUUCAUGCUCGACGCCGGCGUCACGGGGGCGCUACGUCAGUACGCCGAAGUCGCAGCAUCUGGAGUCUCCCUCAAGCCUUCAUCCCUUUCGUUCUCGCAGGCCGCCGCAGUGCCGCUAUCUGCGGUAACGGCCUGGCAAGGGCUCUUUGAGCACGGACCUCUCGAUCCCACUGCGGUCCAGGAUGGCGAUGCUGCCGCCCGCGAUCGCGCCAGGCAUGCCAACAAGGCUAUCCGCGUCUUGGUGGCCGGUGCAGCAGGAGGCGUUGGUUCCUGGGCCGUCAAGCUUGCAGCAGCGGCAGGCGCAACUGUUCUUGGUGUGGCCCGUCCGGCGAAGAGCGAGCUUGUGCGGAGCUUUGGAGCGGUCGAGGCUGUCGAUUAUGCUGGCGCAGAAGCGCUCUCGGGCCACCACAAAGGCGUCGAUCUCGUUUUGGACACUGUAGGUGGCAAGGACGGAAUGCGACAGCUGUGGGGUGCCGUCAAGGACGACGGCCUAUUCCUCGAAGUUGGCGACGGGAAUCCCGACUCGGUGCGACCCCCGGGAAAGAAAGCCGACUCCAAGUGGUACCUCGUGCACACCGACGCCGACCAACUUCAAGCAAUCUCGCGUCUCAUUGACACGGACGGACUUCGCCCACUAGUAGACGAGGUGUAUCCAUUUGAAAAGUUUGAAGCGGCGUUUGAAAAAGUUGACGGGGGAACGACCAGGGGCAAGGUGGUCAUUACAGUAAACUAG